AUGUCAUUUUCAAACAUUCUCGCCAUGAAGAAACGUCGGAGGAACAACCUCUCAACCUCCAAGAAAGAGCCUCGCCUAACCAUCCCUCCAGUGAAUGGGUUAAGAGAGAACUCGGGAUCAAUCCCAACAGAUCUCCUCGUGGAGAUACUUUCAAGAGUGCCUGCGAAAUCAAUAGCGAGGUUCCGCUGCGUGUCAAAGGAUUGGUGUUCCAUUCUCCGCCGUCCAGAUUUCACCAACCACUUCUCCACCAUGUCUUCAGCUCGUCCGCGUCUCCUUUUCACUUUCCAAGCUGAUGGUAAGUGGUCUUUCUUCUCGACACCUCACUCUCCCGAUCCAGACCAGAACUCGUCUCCUCUAGUUGUCGAUAGUUACACCCAUGUCCUUAGUAAUAGUUCCUUUGGCGUUUGUCGUCCUGUCUGUGGAUUGGUCUGUAGUAAAGACGAGGGGCUUUUAAGUGGGAAGAGGGGUCCAUGUUUGUGGAUAUGUAACCCUAGUGUAGGUCUGUCCAAACCUUUACCCAAUGUGAGAACGAGGAGGUCUAGGAUUCACACCUUUACUGGUUAUGAUCCAAUCGAGAAAACAUUUAAGGUGUUGGGCAUGACAUCUUCUGCGAAGCCAUUGCUUCACAAAACGGAAGAACACCAAGUUCUCACAUUAGGAAGGGGAAAACCGAAAUGGAGAAAGAUUGCUUGUCCUGUAACCCAUAUGCCUCAAUACAGUAGUGAGAUAUGCAUAGACGGGGUUAUAUAUUAUUUAGCUGAGGAUGAAGUGUCUCUGGACGCUUGCAUGCUGGUAUGUUUUGAUGUCAAGUCUGAGACAUUCAAGUUCAUGAUCAACGAAGAACUCAAGGAUUUAGGUAGCUCAUCAACUCUGAUAGACUACAAGGGAAAAGUAGGUGUACUUUGUGGACCUUACAGUUUUCUGAGUGCAAGAAUUAAGAGCAUUGAGUUGUGGGUUAUAGACGAUAUUGAGAAACAGAAAUGGUCGAGACGUGUUCUCAUAUUGCCGCCGCUUUGGAGAGAUGUACUUGCGGGGACUGCUGUUUGCAUUAUGGGAAUGAUUGGAACAAGUGAAGUUGUGUUUUCUCCUAGGUUCAUGUCCAGCAGCCCUUUCUACAUCUUCUACUACAAUAUCGAGAAGAAGACUUUCAGGAGAGUUGAGAUCCAAGGGAUUGGACCCUUUAAAGGUCAAAGUGUUUACUCGUUUAUCAACCAUGUCGAGAAUGUGAAGCCGUAUGAGUUCUUGUCUUCGACUUAA